GGAACCUGCUUUAAAAAAAAUUUUUUUAUAUAAUUUUAUUAGCCUGUUUAAUUAGCUGAGAGUUGAAAUUUCCCAUCGUUUCACCAUUUUGAGCUUCUUUUCAACCAGAAUUUUUAAUCUUAAAUUUAAUUUAUUAUACAUUUUCAAGGCCGUCAAUUCUUCAGUCAUGAUCAAGGACAUUGAUGAUGAAUAAAUCACUGCUGAUAAGUCAUAGUUAAAUAUAUUUCAAACAAUAAAAUAGUAAAAUGUCCUAUUUGAAGACUCUCCCAUAUGUAUUGUCUACUAUGGACUAUUGUCUCAGCGAAAGAUAUGGUAAUCAACGGCGUCAUCUGGUGGAUGGACUUUGAAUAUGUGGCGUUUUGUCACGUUACCAAUGACAACUAAUCAAACAUACAUUCUGAACACUGCAAACAAACUUAGUUAAACACUGAAAUUGAAUUGACUUUAGAUCCGUUUUGGCAUUUUAAUAAAAAGGACGUGGCACACAGAUUUAGGAAAUUGUUCAUUCAAAAACAUUGUACUCAGGAAUUAGCAAGCAUUGUGUUCUUUUUUUGUUUUGCAUCUUGAUCUUCAUCGGCAUCACAUUGGAAACAUGAGCAACCCACUUGCUACUUUAAGAAAGGGCAAACGAGCUCCUCUACCUGACAUACAAAGCGAUGGUGAGAGAAAGCCUUACAAAGAAAGGUCAGACACCGACUGUGGAACUACAUUUUUCAAAGAUAUUUUCUCACAAAACCAACCGGCGCCCCUCAGCAUGAACACUGCUUCAAGAUCAAAGGUCAUGCAGAAGAUGAAAGCCACAGAAGCUUCUGCCCCGAGUGAUUUUGAACUGAUGUCCAGUAUGAUGCAGAAGAUCAGCCUGCUGGAGAAAAAAGUAAAAACUCAGGCUAUGGAUAUAGAGUGCAAGGCACAAAGAAUAUCAGUUCUGGAAGACAAACUGAGUCUUUUGCAAGAGACAAGAGAGAAAUCUGUAAAUGAUGAUACCCAAGAUGAAGAAUUGAGUAAAUUAUGCCUCAGACUUCAAAAGCAAGUUUUGGAAAUGGAGAAGUUUCUGAAUGAUUAUGGAAUGAUAUGGGUCGGAAAUUGCGAAGAACCUGACGUUUUGUGGCUUCCGGAGACUGAACUAGCCAACAAAUCAACAGGAGCUUCAGUUCCAAGAAGGUUUGAAAUGAACUAUGACCUAGUCAUGCAGAACAUCCAAGAGCUAAACAUCUUAGCAGGGGAAGGCGAGUCCCAUGUGACCCCCAUGCCAGGUGGGGCAAAACUUACCCAGCAGUCCUCUACACCCCUGUGGCUCUACAAAAACGGAAUUAUCAUGUUCAGCGGACCCUUCCGCUCCUACCAGGAUCCAACAACACAGGAAUGCAUACAAGACUUGAUGGAUGGAUUUUUCCCGUCUGAGCUUCAGGAAAGGUUUCCUUGUGGUGUGCCCUUCCAGAUUCAUGACAGACGGGAGGAGGAAUUCAUAGUCAGGCGACCUUGGACAGAGUUUCCUGGAAAAGGACAAACUAUAGAUGGAGCAUGCGGGCAGUCAGAAGACGGUUCUGAGCAGGCAAUGUUUAGGUCACCAAAACCUAGUCAAAUACCAGGUACAAAGCUGUCCAUGGAACAGUUUCUCAGAAAGCUCCCAGAGUGUGUGGUGAAGUCAGGCAAAGUGAUAAGCAUUCGUGACUCGAUAAAAGCUCAUCUACAGGGCAUGCCUGAUGGUGCAACGAGUCAAUUGACAACCAUUGUGGAAACACCUGUCUUACAGGCCCUGAGAGAAAGUGAGACAGAUUGUUCAUUAGAAGACAUCACCACAUUACGAAUAAAGUCAGAAGCUGGUGUGGAGACAUUCAUCGUGAAAAUGCACUUUAGUGAGACGAUUGGAGAUCUGCGUCUUUACCUGGACAUGAAAAGACAACCAGGUGGUCCCCCAUAUGACAUCAUCAGCACAUUUCCGAAGCGUUGCUACAACGAUGACACUCAGACGCUCCUGUCAUGUGGUCUAAUUCCAAAUGCAGUUCUCAUUCUACGUCCACAAGCGUCAUCUUACAGACAGCAAAGGAACACAGAGAACGACACUUAAAUAGUUUUUCAUUCAAACACUUAAUCAUUCAUAUCAUAACAAUCAUUACCUGCCGUUAAAUUAAAACAGAUGCUACUGCAUAUGACAUCAUGAGUGCAUUUCCAUGGCGAUGACAAUCCAAAUGUGGCAGUUUCCCAUUUAGCAAGGAUUGUAGCACUUGUAUCAUUCAAUAAGAAAUGGGAUUAUUGAAAUACUGAGAAAUUGCUAAAGCAGUCUCACAAUAAUUAUUUCUGAACUUGAUUAAAUAUAUAAAAUAAUGAUCAAGAUCGGGGGGGGCACGGUGGCUUAGUGGUUAGCACGUUUGCCUCACACCUCCAGGUUUGGGGGUUCGAUUCCCUCUUCCGACUUGUGUGUGUGGAGUUUGCGAGUUCUCCCCGUGCCUCGGGGGUUUCCUCCGGGUACUCCAGUUUCCUCCCCUGGUCCAAAGACAUGCAUGGUAGGUUGAUUGGCAUCUCUGGAAAAAUUGUUCGUAGGGUGUUAGUGCGUGAGUGAAUGAGUGAGUGUGUGUGCCCUGUGAUGGGUUGGCACUCCAUCCAGGGUGUAUCCUGCCUUGAUGCCCGAUGACUCCUGAGAUAGGCGCAGGCUCCCUUACAUCUAAAAAUUACAUUUAGAUUUACAUUGCUUUACCCUACACAUUUUACAUAGGUAUUUGCAAUCCCCUGGGAUCGAACCCACAACCUUGCAUUGUUAACGCAAUCUUCUUACCACUGAGCUACAGGAAAGCUUAUAUUCUAUAACAUAAAUUAUAUUCGAUUCAUUAUUCUUACAGUGGAAAAAAACAUGAACAAAACAGACAGCAAAUAUUAUGAAGUUAAAUAAAUCACAUCACAACUCACAUGCUUUUGAGCUCAUAAAUGAAAAGGCGCCGGUUUAAAUGAAACGUGGUACAUAGGAGUAACCGCUGCAACUGGAAGUUAGGUUUUACUUUGUUAACGUUCUGAGCUACAUAGAAGGGCCUAUCAAAAAGCACAGCAAAAUUCUCUCAAACCAGACAUCCACAACUAUCUGUUUACACAAUAUUGAUGGAAGUCAAGAUCCACCUAUUCAUUCAAAACCAGGAUUUAAAUUUUACGCUCACAACCCCUUGCAUUAUGCUAGUAUAAGGUCACACUGUUUAUUUAUUGGUCUGCAUAUAACGGUGUACAUCUUAUAACAGAUUAAAUAAGAGGAAAUAUUCAGCUCUAAUAUGCUUAAAAACACUGGUUGUUUUACACAUCAUUUAUUACACCCAAAACUUCUGGUAUUUUAUUAUAUAUAAUUUAAUAUUCUUCAGCCUCAGGGUCUGUGUUAGGUAUGGCACGUUUAGUUACUUUGAGAUGAUCGAUGACCUGCCACUACUUGUGAAGUCUGCCUUCAAAUACCUUGCAGUCUUUGCCCCUUAGGAGCGCAUGCACGCGACAGAAAGUAAGAGUGCAAGUCUGUCCCAUUUCUCAAAAAAAGAACGCCUAAACCCACACUUUGGAGUGUUACUCAGGGCAAAGUGUAGACUUUUUGCACGGAUCUGACGAAAUGUUGCGGAAAGCUUUCCAGUGUAGAUUAUAUAGUACUUUUUGAGAUUUUAUCUUUAUUUAGGCCUAUUCUAUGUUUGGCUAACAUGUGUUUUAAUUAGGUUUUAGUUUUUGAGGUACAGCUGCUUUAAAACAUUACAAAUAAAGCAUUAUAAAAAAUCUGACUUGACUAUAUAAUUAGAUAUUACAUAUCAUUUUAUAGUAUAACGUAAAGUGUUGCACAUUUUUUUGGUUGAAACCCCUGAGUGUUGAAUUUUGUAAAACUGAUUUUUAUCAGAUAUUUAGAAACACCACAUUAAUAACAUGUUUGUACUUGCUAAGUGUGUCCCAUCGGGUUACGAAUACUACAUACUCACUUGGAUCUUCAAACCCACUAGAAUACAUGGGCUGAAAACAGGAAAUACAUCAUGAAAGUAGUCAAGUCAAGUGCAAAGUGGGGGUAUUUGGACGCAGCCAAAGGCCGUUUCUCAUAUGCAUUCUUCAGGGGGUUUUGUGUUCUCGUGUUCUUGCUCUACUUCAUCGAUAACUGUCAAAGUCCAUUCCAAUACUCAAGAACACAAGAACAGAAAACGCACAAAAGAACCUGGAUGUAUUCUCGAUAUCAAAGAUGCAUCAAAGGUUUAUGGAACCCCCUUGAAGUCCCAGAAUUUACUGUGGCAUAUCUAUCUAAAUUUGUUCUUCCGAGGGUGCCUACUACAUGACAGCGAAGGGCACAUUCUAAUUUAUUCGAAUCGGACAGAACUCUCGGCCACUCACCCUAAAGACACUUCUGUAAUGUCAGAUUAUACUCCAUCAACUCUUGGUUGCGCACUGAACUGAACAACAAAAACAAUCACAUAAAUCCUUUUUUUUGUGGUCACACAGGAAGACUAUUAUUGUAUCACGGUCAACAUAUCAACCUUCAUAUCAACUCUCUUCUUUCUCUGCCACCUCUUCUCGCAGAGCCUGACUACUGCACUGCUCCUGAGAGAUCUGCGCCUUCAAAAAUGACUU